AUGUCGAGCUACCACCCGCGAAACAGUGUGGUAUACGACACCGCAGCCAACAAUCAUAUAGUCAACGACAAGAACAGGUUCCUGACCAUGGAGUCAUUCAAUGACGAAGUCCUCACCGGCGACAAUACAACAAGGGUGAUGGGACGAGGUGACGCUCGAAUCUGGAUGACGAGCCCCAAAGGAACAAUUUCAGGAUAUACCUUUGACACAGAAGCAGAAAGAAUAAGGCACAAAAAGUCCAAAAAGGAGGUCGCGAUAAUGAGACGAAUAUACCCGAUGUGGGUAGUUAAGUUCAACGAGCCUGAGCUCUUGGUACAAACACCAGGAAUAUCCGCGUUCUCAUCAUCUCGGGAACCAAAAAUGAACGUUGCAAACGAAGCAACGUGGCACCGGCGGUUAGGACACCCAAAUAACGAAGUCCUGAGGCACGUUGAAGAGCUAUCAGACGAUAUCGAGAUCGUCCGGCCGAAGGCUCCAAACAGGCGAGCCCGCACUAAGUGGCGGUAG